AUAUGACAUCAGAGGCACACAGCAACGAUAAACAAUAUGGACGUCGGAUUAGUGGGAAAUGGAUGAAAUGUUUAGUUGUGAAACUUUUCUUAUCGCUAUGAAUUUACAAAAGAAGUUAAAUAACAUCAUUUGAAGUUAUAAAGUACGAUUUUGUGAUCUAGAAGAGAAUACCAAAUGUAAAGUGUAAGUGAUAAUUAGGCGGAUAAUUAGCCGACUUCGAGUCAAAAACGGGCACCUGUUUGUUUGCCGUUAAGAUAAUCAACGAUGGUUGGAGGUAGCAGUGCUCUAAAUCUCUCGCUGCUAAGCCGAGGAGUCGGUGAAAUAUCAAAAAAUGGACACGAGAAGAUUGAUGUGGUGUUUGAACCUCAGGACUACUACAACUUUGUCACUGACUCCAGAAGAAUCUACCUGCCCCCAAUACAGCACUCCUAUACAUACGAUGAACCAGAAUUCUCAAUAUCACGGACAUCCAAAAAGUCUGUACAGGAGAUCAAUAUGCCCAAGACAUUCACCACCAGGAAGGGGGCCCUGCUUCUGUUCUCGGAGGACAUGGCCCACCGAAAACGACACUCCCAUCACCACCACAUUCACAAAAGUCACAUGGAUUUUGAUGAUAGGGAGUCGCAGCUGUCGAAAAGUGCAGAUGAAAUAGAUCUGAGAACUGUAGAUGAUUUAGCUAAAUCUAUUCUCUCCUUUGGAGCUCAGGGUCCUGAGAGAGAAGAUGGAAUGUACCUUAAAUUUGUUCAUGGGCGAAGGAAAAGAGAUUAUUUUGACAGACAAAUCCGUCCUGGUUUUUCAGCCAAAAGGUAUCUGUCAUCGUGGACCAAAUGUUGGGAUGACAAUGUUCUGGAGAAAGUCAUCAGCAAAGGAUACUUGACGGAGAAGUCUCUGUUCUACUACAACCCUCUGAUGCCCCAUCUCCAGCGGCGCCUCAAUGACGACAUGUCACACUACCCCACCCCCUACAAACUAAUGAGGAGCAUGUUAAUGUCCCCUGGGAGCCUGUCUGGCUACACCUUCUACAGAAUCAGACCAGAGUCAGCUGAAACCAUUAUGACACAAGAUGUUGACCUCCAUGGAGUUCCACCCAGCCAGGGAGCCUCCAUUAAGGUCAUUAGUACCAAAGAUGGAGUUCAGAGGGAGGUCACAUACGGCAGCCUGGACAAGAAAGCCCAGGAGGAAGUGUUGACGGACCUACUGGUGAAGAGUGCGGUUCACUACGCCAUGAAGAAACAGCAAGAAUACUUUGAGGACAACCUAAUGAGAGCUAUGGAGUCCAAUAAGAUUCGGGAGGUGUCUGAGGGUCAUGAGACCCCAGCAUCCAUGCCACAGUUUGACAUGAAGGAAGCUGUAGAGUCUUUGCUGGACACACAAAAAUCUAAAGGUGCUGUGAUAGAGGCCGACCUUCCCGAGGAUAGGUCUUCAGUAAGGUCAGGGUCAAUAAAGCCCAAACAUUCAAUCAAAAAGCAUGGCAAAGGAGGAGUUCGGUCAAGUUCAAGUUCGCCCGCCCUUGAGGACAAAGAAUAUAUAGGGGGAGUUCCUGUCGUGUCCUUCAGAGAUGGGUCAGGGUCACCAAGCUCUGUUCCUCAGCUCCCCCACAUCCCUGGGGCAAUUCCUCUGACCACAAUAGGAGAGGUCAGCCGGGAACAGACCACUGUGGUUCCUCUCCCACCCAUCGGAGGAAAAGGAAUUCCAGUAUUGAAUGUUCAUCCCCCCACCCCACAGCAUACAACUCUUGAGUCGUAUGAUGGUGCGGGGAAAAACAAGGAAAAUCUCAAGACUGUUAGCGAAGUGGACACAGAGGAUGAGUGGGGAGCUCAGGUCCCCCAGUCCCAGCAAGCAGAGAAUGCAUCCACGAAAGGGGACGUGGAAACCGAGUCCAAGAAAGAAAAGGUUGAAGUGUCCUCUCAAGUCCUGGGUUCCACGGAGAGUGUGGUCACCAGUGUUCACUCUCAGAAGGACGGCAAACUCGGACGAGCUCCAUGGAAAGGCAGUCAGACCAGCGUCAAGAGCUCAAAGAAAGGAGCCGGCAGUGUGGAUGAUGGGUCAGUCAAGGGCAGUGUAAUUAUGGGGCCAGAAGGGGAGCUAAUCAAUGUAGGGGGAACCAUCAAACCACAUCUCAGAGACAUCGACUUGGUGCAUGAUGCCAAUAAAGUGUUUGGAAAAGACCUGGUGAGUGAUGAAUCUGAUACGGAGGAUCAGCCAGACGAGUGGAAGAAAAACCGCACUCUUCCACCAGGGGCGCGGGAUCAGAUGAGAAACUAUGCCAACAAAAGAGUUACUCCCACAAAUUUGUCAGUGCUGGACCCCCUCCGCCUGCCUCGCCACGGCGACCCGAAGAUUGACUACACCAGUGGUGACAUAGACGCCACGCUGUCUAUCAGCUCCUGGAGCUACGCACCGCGGGACCAAGAUCCAGAAAUAGAUGUGCUUAAAAAAACCAGUAGUUUACAGAGUCUACCAAACAUAGAGGUUGAAUUUUUGAAGGAUUUAAGCAUUUUAAGCAGAGCUACUGAGAAAACAGAACCAGCUGACAGACAGAUCUCAGAGGAUGUGGACACUACUGAUGAUUCCAACAAGGCGGCUGACCCCAGCUCCAAUGCGCCUAAUGCAGACACUAUCAGCUCCCUCCAGACCCCCUUUACUCAGUCCGUUACCCCAGGGGGCAGGAUCACCAGUAUCCUGGACACCCCUAUGGGUCCCCUGGAGGAUACUCUAUUGGAGGAAUCAGAGAAAGAUGGUCCAGAGCAAAUCUCAGAGAAGGAUGAAGAAGAAAAUGGAACAGCCAGUCACCUGUCCCAAAAGUCGCCUGGAAGAAAAGGAUCAGUAUUAUCAAAAAUCUCUGUUGUUGAUCCUGAGAUGUCAAAGUCUGCCUCCGGGAGUGGAGGUCAAGCUAUGUCUCGAAGCGGUAGUAUGGCAGACUUGUACAACCGAACAUUGGUUCAUAGCAGAAACCGCAGGCGUUAUAGUUUGGAUCUGGGGGGAAAAGUGAAGAUUAGUUCAGACAACAAGGUCAGAGCACAAAGUGAAGACCUUAACAAGAAUGUAGAAGUAUCAUUGGAUGACCUCAGAAAGAAGGAAGGCAAGUCUAUAGAAGCCAGCCCUAGUGAGGAGAAGCGAAUAUCUGUAGGGUCUCGCCGCGCCUCCAGAGAGUCCAUCUUCAGAAGUCUGUCCAAGCAGUCUAUUAACCAGGACGAGGUGCUGUUUGAGGGGCCGGCCGAGAGCGAGAUUCUUGAGGUCGCCUCGGACAGGAAGUCAACAGUGUCAGGUGAUGAAUCCUCCGUUUUAGCUGUGGAGGGACAAGAGGUCCCUGGUCCCUCUCUUGAACAUCCUUCCUCCAAAACUGAAUCUCCCAAACCCUCUGAAGACGUUGCUCGCUCAGAUUCUGCGAAGUCUAAGGUGUCAGAGAAGGAGAUCGUGGAUGCAUUAGCUGACCACGCCCAGCAGAUUGCACAGAAUGUACUCAGUCGCAGCGCCUCGGGAAAGGAUCUGGAGGAGGAUGUCAGGCGAGCGGCUAAACUCUGGAUGGAGACCCACCCCCCUCGAGAUAUCUCACGGAGUCAGUCGGUUCAGGACAAGUCCAUUGUUCAAGAAAUUGUAUCUGGUCAAGAAAAGAGGAAAAGUGCAGGACCCACCGCAGGAGAGUAUCGAGAACUCAUCAAGGCUAACCUCAAAACAGCUAUGUCCAGCUCGAGUGGUGAGAAUGUUCCUGCUGACACAGAGGUUAGUCCAGAACUCAUAGAGGCCCUUGCAAAGGAAGAAGUUGCUGCAGAAGAUCUGGAGAUUGUGCAAGAUGACGACGGAAAGAGUCUCAUCCGCAGCAAGAGUCAGGUCUCCAUGGCAAUGGGCGGAGUCAAAGAAGGUCAUAUUUACGUACCAGUGGCUAAAAACGGGCAGAAGGGUCCUGCUACUAGCAUUCCUGUGGAUCGACAAUCUAACGCUGAUAUAGGGCAGCUUGCUGUCAUUCACUAUGUUGGGGACAAGGACUUGGUGAAGGAGGGGUCUGAGAAGACCCCCUCAGAUAGGGGUAGUAAAACCAAGUCUCAGCCCCCCUCAACUCUCGGGGAAUCUAUUGCAGAGGAGGAGACGAUGGUUGAUGAUGCCUCGGAGCAUAAAUCUCACGUGUCCUUCAAGGACGAGGCCGAGAUCGAGGACGAGUUCCAGAAAGCUGUAGAGGGGCUGGAGCAGAAAUCAGAGAAGCAGAGUCUAAAGAGUGGAGUGACGGAUUCGGAUGGCAAGAAGAGCAAGGUGUCCCAGGAGAAGGCCGCCUCACCUGUCAAAAAGAAGGAGGAGUUUAUUGUCGGCAAAGUUGAUACAAAGGAUGACAUAAAGGCCCUGUAUGGACAGCCUGACCCCCCACCCAAGGAACCAUCACCUCCCACAAUGGUUAAGAAGCCCAGCCCAGUUGCAGAGCCCGUACCUUCUCCCCCGAAGAGUGCCGGGAAAAAAUCAAAAGAUGGCGAACCUAAAAAACUUGAGGUGGCAGAUGACAAAAGUUCAAAAUCUGCCAGUACAGCCAAAACUAGUACCUCGGGUACUGGGUCUAAAACUGUGACAUCCGCUAAAUCUGAGGAAAUGGCUCAAAUUCAGCAGGAUUUCCAGAAUGAAAUAAAAAAUUUGUUUGGUAAAGUGCCAACAAAACAGGACGUAAAGGGUAAAGGGAAAACCAAAAAGAUACCCUCCCCAACUAAGAAGCCUGCCAAGGAGGGUAAGGCCAAAGGUAAGGCUAAGGGUAAAGGCAAGAAGAAGGAAGAGUCGCCGGAACCCAAACCCGCUGAACCGGAACCAGUACCCCAGGAACCAGUAAAGGAGCUGACCCCACCACCCCCCACACCCCCACCACAGGAAGAGCCACCCGCCUCUGAUUUGGAGAGUGACAGGAGAAAAUCUAUUGCCUCCAGUAUAAAUGUUAACCUUAAGAAAGUGAUGUCAAAGGAGUCGGUCUCUACCAUGAAGAGUGAGGAGAGCUUUGAGUUCCACAUUGUACGGGACACACCCUCCCCCAGCCCACCCCCGCCUAAGGCCCCAUCCAUCCCCUCUGUGGAGGAAGAACCAGAGACUGAGGAAGAGGAACCUCCAGAGGAUGAGGAUAAAACGGUGAAGAAGCAAAUUGUGAAGAAGACAAAGGGCGGACCUAAGGAUGAGGCAGCCAGACUUCGAAUGAUUUCCAACAGAGAGGCCCGGGCAGCAAAACGAGCCGCACAGGCCGAAAAACGGAGACAGGAAGUGGAGAAACGACGACGUGAGAGAGAGGAUCAGCUGAAGCGAGAGAAAGAAGAGUUUGAACGACAGCAACAACUGAAGGCGGAGCUCGAGGAGGAGAGAAAGCGACAGGAAGAACAGAGAAGAAUUCGUCGAGCACAGCAAGAUGCAGAAAGAGAUGAUGAAGAGCGAAGAGAAGAGGAGAGACUGAGGAGACAAAAAUUAGAGGAGGAGAAAGAAAGACGAAGAAAGGAGGAAUACCAGAGGAAAUUGGAGGAAAUGAAGAGGAGACAAGCUGAGGAGGAGAAACGAAGACAUGAGGAAAUGUUAAAGAAGCAAGCAGAAGAAGAAGAGGCCCGGCGUGAAGAGGCUGAAAAGAUGGCUGCCAUGGAAGAAGAAGAGAGGAGGCAGUAUGAGCUGCAGAAGAAACUCGAGGAAGAGGAGAGGCUGAAGAGAGAAGAGGAGGAGAGAAUUCGUCGUGAAGAAGAAGCCAAGAAAGCCAUGGAAGAGGCACGCCGCCUCGCUGAGGAAAUGGCUCGCAAACAGGCCGAGAUGGAGGCCCGACUUAAAUUUAAUCGUACACUUCAGGUUGAGGCUCGAGGCCUGGAACAUUCUCAGGACAUCACUCGAGCGUUUGUUUUCUCGUACUUUGAGUUGCUGCAGUGGUUAGGCCUGGAUAUUCCUGAAUUUGAGGUGUUGAAGUUGAACCAGUAUUGAUAGUUAUCAAAGGCAUCCAUUGUGUUAAUAUUAGGGUAGAAGUGGAAGUAUUACAUGGUCACUGAUGGGACUCUUUAUGAAUUUUUGAUACAAUUUUAAUCAUUGGCUAGUCCAAAAAUUAUGUAAAGGAGCUUUUAUUCUUUACUUUGGAUCUUUUAACCAUUUCCGUCCUAUUUUUUUUAUGAAUGUACAGAUUUUUAUAUAUUUUUUAAUACAUGUAUAAUGUUAUUUAUGAUUGUAAUUUUUUAUGUGAAAGGUUACCAAAUGAAUUUUUUUUUGGAUAAUUCAUUUUUAUUUUGAUGAUUCAGUGGAUGAAACUUGUGUGAAUCUGUGAUAUUCCUAUGAGAUUUGUUCUAAAAUUUGUUGUCAAUUGUUUUUUUUCAGCUUAGACCAUUAGCAUACAUAUAUAUACUUUUCAGUUUUAAUUACAUGAAUUUUGACAUUUAUCUUUCUUAAUACUUUGCACAGUUCCUUAUUAUCCCAGUUUGUCAAUUGGAAUUAGAUCUGUCUGAUUGAACUCAGUCUUAUAAUGAAUCCAGAAAUGUCUCUUAUUUAACAGAUAGCAAAAUAUUUAAAAUCUAAUCAGUUAUUUCCCUAAUUUAGUGGACUAGUAUAAAUUUAGAUACAAGUUUCAUUAUUUUUAUAUACAUGUACUACUUAUUUCCCUCUACAACCCAUUGUUACAUUCCUCAGUAUUCUAGGUCUUAUGACU